UGGAGGAGGCAGAGGUAGCCAUGUUGUAGAAGAAGAAGAAGAACAACACGAAGAAGGAGACGAAGAAGAAGAAGGCGCUCGGAGGAUCUCUCUCUCUCUCUCUUGUGUUUGUUUUGUUUUUAUUGUAGUGAAGAAACUACUACUUGUUUUUUUUACCCCCCUCCACUCCUGCCGACACCAUGAGUGGCGGGACACCGUACCUCGGGAGCAAAAUCAGCCUCAUCUCGAAGGCCGAGAUCCGCUACGAGGGGAUCCUGUACACCAUCGACACCGAGAACUCCACCGUCGCACUUGCUAAAGUACGUUCCUUUGGUACGGAGGAUCGCCCCACCGACCGGCCCAUCCCGCCCCGAGACGACACCUUCGAGUACAUCAUCUUCAGAGGCAGCGACAUCAAGGACCUGACUGUGUGCGAGCCCCCAAAACCAACAUGCUCUCUCCCUCAGGACCCCGCCAUUGUCCAGUCAUCUAUGAGCACAAGCUCCUCGUCUUCGGCUGCGACGGCCCCGACCCCGUUCCAGUCUGCCGGCUCAUACGGCCUUUUCAACCGCGCUCCGGUUCCCGCCUACAACCAGUUCAGCACCAGCCCUCUGGUGUCCCCCCAGUUUGGACCCGUUGGUGUCGGCCGCAGCAGCCCCAGCCUGGACCCUCUGCGAAAGAGCCCCUCCCUUGAGCAGGUGAUCCAAUCUGCGUCCGCCCCGUCGGCCCCCGCUGCCGCCGCCGCCACCACGGCUCCGGCCCCUGGACUCGGACGCAGGAGCCCGGCUCACGCUCGCACGGCCCCCUCCGCCGGCCAGAGCGGCCCGAAGCCCCACCACCACCACCAGCAGCAGCAGCAGCAGCAGGACGGAGUGGACUCGAGGAGGGGUGAGACUGUCAGGGGAGGCCGAGGCAGCAGCCAGGGCUGGCCCGCACCCCGAACCAUCUCCGCCUCUCACAUCAGCGCAGUAGAUCGGGCUUCCACUGCAGGGCUUCCCCACUCCAUCUUUAGCCACUCAGCUGCAGGCGCACCCGGUAACCGGCGCGGUCGAGGCGGCGGACACCGCGGGCGAGGACGCUUCAACGUGCGCCGAGACGGACCCAUGAAGUUUGAGAAGGACUUCGACUUCGAGAGCGCCAACGCCCAAUUCAACAAGGAGGAGAUCGACAGAGAGUUUCAGAGCAAGCUGAAGUUGAAAGAUGAGAAGACCGAGAAGCCGGAGAAAGCGGUGAACGGAGAGGAUAAAGGCGACUCCGGCGUCGAGACUCAGAACAGCGAGAACAACGCCGAAGAAGAGUGCGACCCGCUCGGCCCCAACUGCUACUACGACAAGUCCAAGUCCUUCUUCGACAACAUCUCCUGUGACGACACCAGGAAAGCAAAUGACAAGUCUGGAGUCUCAGGAUUCCCAAGGGAGCGGAGGCAGACCUGGGCGGAGGAGAGGCGGAUGAAUGCCGAGACAUUCGGCAUCCCUCUGCGUCAGGGUCGAGGCCGCGGAGGUUACCGUGGACGCGGCGGGAUGGGCUUCCGUGGCGGUCGGGGUCGUUCGGCUAGCCGAGGAUCCUUCGGUCCGCCACAAGGGGGCGGCGGCUUCAGGGGAGGAUACAGAGGAAACCAGGCCGGCCGCGAGUUCGCCGACUUAUCAGCAUACAGGAAGGACAACAAAGUGGCAGCAUAGUCCGCUCUUCAGACAAGGUGCAACGCUCGGAGAGAAACACAAAAGGAGGAAGAAAAAAAAGAGAGAGGAAAAAAGAAAAGAAAGAAAUCUGUUUUUUUUUUUUUUUUUUUUUUUUGGGUUGCUACUCUUUUUUGACUUAAAGAAAACAAACAAAAAAAAAAAAAAGAAUGAAGAUUGUGUACUUAGUUGUAUAUUUGUCACCAGCACUGGGUAGACUGCUUGAAUGCAACUUUAAUUUUUUUUUUUUUUUU